AUGCCAUCCCAAAACCCCCGUAGUCACGGGCACUCGGCAUCAACCGGCUCUGCCAAAACCGCCGGCACCGUCUCUUCUCCCACCCAAGGCACGCAGCAAUCCCAACAACCACCGGUUCCCAUCUCCAUCACCAUCUGCGGCGACGGCGGCUGCGGUAAAUCCUCCAUAACGCUCCGUCUCGUCCGUUCGCAAUGGACAGAAGACUACGACCCCACAAUCGAAGACAGCUACAGCAUCACACGACGCAUCGACGGCGUCACCUACCAUUUGAGCUUAACCGAUACCGCAGGCCAGGAGGAGUACCGCGGCAUGUGGGCCUCGUCCAACCUGGGCGCCGACGCCUUUCUGAUGGUCUACGACAUCACCUCGCGCGACAGCCUCGACGCGCUACAGUACUUCAAUGAUCUGAUCGACAUGGAGGCCGAAACGAGGGCAGAUAACGCGGCGAGGGCACGGAGGGCGGGGUUAUCGCCGGCCCAGAUUUCGGGAAGCAUGUCCAACCGCUACGCGACGGGAUCGAAUAUGGGCGGUGGAGCAGGGUCGGGAGCCAAGGCUGUUCCACCGGUGAAGAUUGUGGCGGGAAACAAAUGCGAUUUGUCAGAGAACCGGGUGAUACCAGCCGCUACGGGCUUGGAGUGGGCGAGGUCGAGGGGGUGCGGGUUCAUGGAGACGAGUGCGCGCCUGGAAGUGAACAUCGAGGAGACGUUUGCGCUGAUUGUGAGGAGGGUGGUGGAGCAGAGGAGGCUGGCGGAGUUGGGGAUUACGGGCGUUGAUCAGGAGGCGGCUGAGGAGUUGUUGGGGAAUAGUAGGGGGCGAACGAAGCCGUUGAGUCCGUUGCCGACCAAGGAUGGGAAGGAAGGUGGGCUGGAUGAGAAGGGUGGGAGUAAAAAGAAGAAGGGAGGGGCCAGCAGGUUUUUGAAGUCUCUGAAGUGCUGGUAG